AUGUCCAUUCUUUGUUUCUUUGUUCUUCAUCUCUUGCCUUUAUUGGUCCGCCAUUUUUUAUUGGCUCGCCAUUUUUUAACCUCUAUUAAUAUCCUUCUUAAUUUAUUAUUUUUGGCUCUUUGCUUCUUUUUCUGCAUUCAUCAUUUGUGCCUUUCUUUCUUUCUUUCUUUCUUUUGUUUUCUUUUCUUUCUUCGGUCUUUUUUUUUUUUGUAUUUUUCUUUCUUUCUCAGCUUGUUCACAUUUAUGCCCAUUUCUUUUUUCCUUUCUUUCUCUCUUUCUUUCUUUCUUUCUUUCUUUGUCGCCUUAUUCAUAUUUCUUUCUUUUCUUUUCUUUCUUCGGUUUGAAGUUUUAGUAUUUUUCUUUCUUUCUCACCUUUUUUCCCAUUUCCUUUUCCUGUUUUCUUUCUUUAUUUAUUUCUUUCUUUCUUUCCCACCGUAUUCCCAUUUCUUUUCCGUUCUCUUUCUUUCUUUCUCCUAUUUCUUUCUUCCUUUUUUCUUUCUUUCUCACCUUAUCUUCAUUUCUUUCUUUCUCACCAUAUUCCGAUUUCUGUCUUUCCUUCUAACCGUAUUCUCAUUUCUUUCUUUCUUUCUUUCUUUAUUUAUUUAUUUCUUCUUUCUUUCUUUCUUUAUUUUUUAUUUAUUUAUUUAUUUCUUCUUUCUUUCUUUCUUUCUUUCUUUUCUUUCUUUCUUUCUUUCUUUCUUUCUUUCUUUCUUUCUUUCUUUCUUUCUUAUCACAUGA